UGUUUUAUCCAGCACAAUUUGUACUCGAAAUUGCGAGUGGUACCAUGAAACACUGCACGGGUCAAUUUUUUGAGUGGACAAAAACUUGCGUAAAAAACUUGUACAGCACACAUGUCAAUUUGGCUUCACUUGGACCCGUUGCCCUUGAUUGGCCGAGUACAAAUGCAUACACAUUCCUCGCAGUUUUUCAUACUGUGCUCAUUUCGCUUUGAUUCUUUAUCGUGGAGCCAGUCGCAGUUUGAAAUACUUUCUUGCUUUCCCCUUGGAUCAUCAGUUUAAGACGUUGUUGCCCAACGUGGGACAUAGGAUGGCUUCCCCCAGCGACAUGGAGAAGGAGUUGAUCAAGAUGUUUCGAGAAAACAUGGGUGACGCGUUAAGGUCCGAAGAAGAGAAAAGUGACCCGUUUCUCCUCCGCUGGAUCAGAGCUCGAGACCACAAUUUGGACAAGGCUGAGGAGAUGCUAAAGAAUUCACUCCAAUGGCGCGAGACUUCUGGUGCGGAUAAGAUCUUGACGACCCCGUAUGAUCCAUGGUUCGCUACCAGCUUUCCAUACUGGGUGGAUGGUUUGGACAAGACGGGUCAUCCAGUGAUUGAGAUUCCACUUGGAGCUUGGGACGUUCGCCGCGCCAUGAAUCCGGAGCGAGAGCCGCAGUGGGAGGGACAGAUUUGUCGAUUUUUUGAGGACAUUCUGCGCAUGAUUCGUGAGUCCAACAACGACACGAACCACAAGGACUGGCCGAACACGCUGUGCAACAUCAUCGUGGACUGGAAGGGAUACUCCUACUCGCAGCUUAUCCAUUGGAAAGCACUUCAAAACACGCUCAAAAUGGCAGCCACGUACGAAGCUCAUUACCCAGAAAUCUUGCACAAGGUUUACUUUAUCAAUUGCCCAGCAAUCUUCCCCCUCUUCAUGGCCCUCCUCAAGCCCAUCAUUGCGCCAAAGACGUUGGGAAAGAUCACCUGCUUCAGCGGGGAGGAGGAAUGGGGUCCAGCCUUCAGGGCUGACAUUGACCAAGACCAGUUGGGUCACCUGUACGGCGGAAGGAGAAUCAUGACCGUGGGGGACGACGUUUACAACUAUGACACAUAAAUUAAUUUAAAAAAACUUUUCUUGUCACACGAAAAUAAGCUGUGUAAAUAAAUUGAGCACUUUUUUAUUCCUUCCUUA